ACUAAUUAAUCGAAAGUCAAUUGUAGCCUAAAAUGGCUACUUUUGACCUGUUCUCCGCAGUCAAGGACGGAGACACAGAUUCAGUAAGGAAUCUCCUCUCCUCCAGAAGAUGUCGCUCACAUCUUAACGACAGAAAUGAGUGGGGAGACACCGUCCUACACUUGGCAGCCGAGGCCGGGAACUCUGAAGUUUGUCAGAUGCUGAUAGCUGGCGGUGCCUCUGUGACAGUGAGGAAUAAUAGAGGCGAGACCUGUCUUCAUAGAGCCGCUGUGGGGGGACACACUGACUGUGUCACUGCUAUUGUUGAAAGGGAUAAUGAUCCAGAGGCUGUUAAUUCACAGAAUGAUGCUGGUUACACUGCCCUUCAUCAUGCUGCCAAGCACGGGACUAUCAGCCUAAUACAGGUAUUAUUGCGUAGUGGGUCCGACCGUAUGUUAGAGAACAAUGCUGGGGAGACUCCUUAUAUGGUAGCACACAAAUAUCAACAGUUUGAAGCUGAAAGACUAUUACUGAAUAUUGAGCAACAACAUGCUGAUAAGGCUAUACAGGAGAUGAAUACUAAGCCAAAGAAGAUCAUUGCUGCUUACUCUAAGGCACUUAAAAAUGCACACAAACCCGAGUCUCGCAUCCGUCUCAUGUUUGUUGGGGAUUCACAAUCAGGCAAGACAAGUCUCAAGAAGACACUGUUUGGCGAGGGAUUCAACGAAGAAGAGGAGCCCACGAAAUGCAUCGGAGUGGAUCCCUCCAUUGCACGCAUACAGUUCAAGCAAUACAGGGAGUGGAUCGUACAGCCAUUAUCCAAAGCCGACGCCCACAGAUUAAACCUCGAAUACAACGACGCUAUCAUCGACUACAUACUCAACGAGAUUAGGAAGCCAGGGGUUGCAGAUGAAGUUGUAGACCUCAAGAAACUCGGACUACGAAAGCAACGAAAGAACGUAGAGUUUCAGACAACACCCUCCAUCAUCCCAGCACUCUCACUGUCCAAUGACUUGAGCUAUGAAGAAGAAGAGGAGGAGGAAAUGGAGCAAGAAGAAGAACAACAAGAUGGUGACGAUGAUGAUGAUGAUGAUGAUGACAUUGAGAGCGACGGACAAUUCCACACACCUUCCUCCUCCUCCUCCUCCUCUCCUUCUUCUCUCUCUGACUCUCUUCAAAACACAACUUCUAAAGAUGGAGGUGGUGGUGCUUAUAAGUCCAGAGGAAGACAAGGGACAAUAGUUAAGAAGAAAGGGAGCGGGGAAGGAGAAGAGAGCAACAACCAAGAGGAGGAGGAGGACAAAGAGAGACAAGAGAGAGACGAGGAAAUGAGCAUCGAUCCUAAUUCAGCAGUACCCACUAAACAGCAGCAGCAAUCGAAGCUCACCGUCUUUGACAGCACCUUUGAAAUGUCUAAGGAUCUCAUGGAGCAUAUUCCUCUUGAAGUACUCAAGCGUCUUGUGAUGAGGUGGCCAGUCGAUGGUGAAGAGUCUACUACUGACAUGGACUCUAUCAGUAGACGCCGUCUCUUGAUUCACAUAUGGGACUGCUCCGGUGACCCUCUGCAGCUUUCAGUCGUUCCUCUCUUCUUUUCUCACUCUCGCUCAAUCUACCUCCUUUCCUACGACACAAGGAAGGACCUCUCUCAACCUUCGGAGAGUUUUACGUCUCACAAGUUGACAAGUCUCACAGGCUCUCCACCAACAAACUCCGAAGUCUUAGAGGAGUGGCUAGGGGGAAUUAUGGCACAAUCGAAUCACACCCCCAUGCUUAGCACCUCCUUCCCAACCCCACAAUUGCCUCCCGUCAUUUUUGUGACACCUUUUGCUGAUCUGCCGAAUCUGAAAUCCUUUCACAAGUUCUUUGGUCUCCCAUCAUUUGAAAGAUACAAGCGUCACAUGCUAGAGUCUAACCUUAUAUCAGUUAGCAAUGCAUAUGAGGGAGAAUUCUCUUCAGAGUAUCGCAGUCAUUAUUACCUCCGCCGUGAGAUUGAUCACCUUGCCCGACAGAUGCCCUACAUACAGGACAUGAUCCCGGUCCAGUGGGUCAUGUUUGAGCAGUUGCUUCAUUCCCUUCUUGAGCAGAAAAAGAUCAUCAUACAGCUCAAGGACCUGGAGCGCUACAUAGCCGAGCGCUGUGAUAUCAUCGGUCCACUACAGGUCCAACCUGUCCUUUCUUAUUACAAUGAUGUGGGUCUCAUUAUUCAUUUCCAGCGUCACCCUGCCCUCUCCCCUCUUGUCAUCAUCAAGCCCCAGUGGCUAAUGAGCUCGCUUGCUUCAAUUUUUGCCUCAUCUUCAACGAACUGGAUCACAGCUGAAGUCCGUCGCUCGUUUGAAGAGUUACUGGUAAAAGGAUACAUACGUAGAGAUGUUCUCAAUUUGGCUUAUAGAUGCUCCCGUUUGCCUCAUGGCUGCUGGAAUGAAGCACUCUAUUAUAUGAAUUACAUGGACCUCAUUGCAUGUCAUCCUUCUCUUCAUGACACUACCUCAGUGUACAUACCUGCUCUAGUCAAUAGAGCUCCCCCUGCCUUUGCUUUCGGCCCGACAGCAGAAGAUCCCGUCACUCUUUUCUUUUCUUGUGGCAAGUCCAAGUGCCCUCUCUCCCUCUUUAAUCAGCUUGUGGUUCGCUGCAUACGAUCCUGUCGAUAUCCUCCAGUUUUAUACUAUGAGAUUGUUCAUCUGAGACUGAACCCCACCCAUCACCUCAUACUGAGGCGGGACGGCUCCAGGAUUGCUGUUCUUGUCCAGAGGAACACUCUGAGCUUUUGUUCAAAUUGUUCCGAAGGUAAAGACACAUCAAAUGGUGUUGAUAAGGAGUGUCAACACGUGACACAUUUUGCUGACUACGACAGAGACUUGACUGCUUGUGCUGAUCAUCUCGAAACGUACAAGUCAUUUCUCGACGAAGUCCCUUUUUCAUCUCUCGAUAUAUCGGAUGAGAUCUCGUCUCUACAUGAUGUGUGUCACGCUGUGUUAGCAUUUCUUGAAUCGACGCUUGAUUUCCUGAUCAGUUGCUGGUAUCCUGGACUAGUGUUAGAGAUAAUGACUGAAGGUGGCAUGAUCAUUAAUCAGAAGUGGAGAGAGACAGUUCUGAGAAGGAACAAAGCAAAUGAGAAAUUAGCUAUGUGGUUUCAUUAGCGCCAGCUGAUCAUUAUUUUUAUGUUUUAUAAUAAUUAUUAUAUUAUUAUUACUAUUAUAAAUUAUAAUUAUGCUAUUGCUUUUGUGUUUAAUUUUACUAUUGUAUUUUUAUU